CCGCGCGGCUCCGUUCCCGGUCCCGUUUCCCGUUCCCGGUCCCCGUUCCCGCAGCCCGGCCAUGGCGUACCGGGAGCUGGUGCGGCGCUGGCACGAGGCCGUGCGGGCGGCGGACCGCGGGCACUGGGACGCUGCCCUGGACGCGUUCGGCGGCAUCGCGGAGCCUCCGGCCAGGAUCUGCUUCAACGUGGGCUGCGUGCAGCUGCUGGCCGGGCGGCCCGAGGCGGCCCUGCGGGCAUUCAAUAAAACCAUUGAGAAGGACAAUUCCCUGGCUGUGGGCUACUUCCAGAGAGGAUUUGUCCACCUGCAGCUGGAAAUGUAUGAAGAAGCUCUCUCUGACUAUCACAUGGCCUUCAGUCAUCUAAGAGAAAAUCCCUUCAUUGAUUACAAGCAGCUGGGGCUGAGGCACAUCCUCUAUGCCUGGGAGGUGCUGUACAGCACUGCAGCAGUGCAGUGCCACCUGCAGCAGUGGCAGGAGGCCAGGGUCACCCUGGAGAAGGCUGUUGUGUGGAGACCUGAAAGAAGAACGGCAAUCCUGGAGCUGGCCCUUGAGCGGGUGCAGGACCACCUGUUUUUAGAGCCCAUGCUGGUUCCUCUUGGGGAACUUUUCAGACCACGAAAGAAGGAAGUUGAGCAGCUGGAUUCAAAAGAUUUCCUGGGUAAACCCAAGGUCAUCUCAUCCAUCAUUCCCAACGAUGAGUACAUUGGCUUUGAGCCUCUCAGGCCUCAGAAACAGGGCUUUUAUGAACCCAGUGCCAAUGCUCUGCGGCAGGCCGAGUCCGGCUACCACCGAGUGCUGUCCCGGUACCGCCCCGAGGAGCCGCCGGGGCCGGAGGUGGCGGCCGGGAGCCUGGUGUUCGUGCUGGGCAGAGCGGCAGACGGCUGGGCCACGGCCAUCCACGACGGGCAGAAGCUGCACAUCCCGAGCUCUCUCCUGGAGCCUGCCUCAAGGAUGGAUAAAUGGAAGGUCAGCACUGGGAUUCCCCUUCCUCCUGCCCAGGUGCCUCCCAGCCGCCUCCCCAUGAAGCAGAAGCCAGAUCCUCCUGGGGAAGCAGAUGCCUCUGUCAAUGAUGCCAGUGCCCACGUGGACUCUAAGGUCCCCCCGAGGUGCGGGGAGGCCCCCGCGGGCGCAGACAGGCCGGCGGUGCUGCGGCUGCGCUGCGAGUGCUCGCUGGUGCUGCGGGCAGGCGAGGCCCCGGCUCUGCCGGCCCUGCGGGCCCUGCUGCGGGACAGGCUGGCUCAGCAGGCACAGCGGGGCACGCUCAGCUACAGGCUCCUGGAUGGCACAGAGCUGGGGACAGUGUUAGGACAGGAAGAGCUGGGGAAGGUGUGGCAGCAGCUGAUGGAGGGCAAGCUGAUACUCUGUUGCCAGGACUCGGACUCCCACUUGGGCAGACCUGUUCUCUACCAGAUGCUGGCUCAGCACUCUUACCUGCCACAGGGACCAGGGGACCUGGAGUUCAGCAAGGGAGAUGUGCUGGAUAUCCUCUCUGAAGUGAACGAGGACUGGCUGGAAGGACGAUGCAAUGGCAAGACUGGCAUCUUCCCCAAAUGCUUUGCCACCCAGACCAGCUGUGAUGCUGCCUUCCUAUAGCAAACAGGAGCCUUUUCCUGCCUGGCUGCACCCCCAGGGGUGGGAGAGACUCGUCCCAGCUCAUUUGGGCCUCAGACAGCACAGCCAGGACCUCCACUGUACCUGGACAGGGGAUAUCUCCCACUCAGAUCCAUGGGGUCAGUUCCAGCAGUGAUGGCAUUUCCCACAGCCUGUUCCCUGACCUGGCAUUUUUUACCUCGUGCUUACACUGCCAAAGAUGUAUCUGUGAAGA